CUAGCGCCAUAUUUUUUUAUUUCGAAUUAAUUCGACGUGCUCGUGUUAACUGUCGUUACGAUAAUCUAUUGAAUUCAGAUUAAAUUCUACGACGUUACGAACUAUCUAGUGUUAUUUUGUUGUGCAUAUUUAAGAAUGGCUUUACGUCGUCGUCGAGGCAAUAAUUUCACUCAUUCUUUAAACCAUUUUCAAUCACAAAGUCUAAAGCCAGUAGUUGGAGAAAAAUGUGAUAAUAAUAUAUCCAAAGGUAAGAGUAGCAUGAAUAGUGAAUUUGCAAUAGAAAAUGAUAUGGAAGAUCAUUCAUUGAUAUCUCAAAAUAAUAUAAAAUUUGGUAACAUACUGUACGCAUUGGAUGGCAAAUUAAAUCCAACAGAAGCUGAGUUAACGAAACAAGAAAUCUAUAGACGUCUUUCUGACAAAUAUAUUGCUUCACCACAGAAGUUUACUAAAAAAUUAAUAACAAUUAUCGAAGAGUCUAUUUUAAACAAUACUCUUAAUGCCAGCAAUAUUUCUCUUAUUAAUUUUGAUAAAAUAAGUAAAGAACUAAACAAAAUGUGUAACAUAGAAAAUGAAUCUAUGCCACAACAAUUGUUUUCUACAACGGUAAAUGUAUCACCAAGUGGAGAAGUAUCAAAAAAUGUCAAUUCUUUUAAUUCAACUACGAACAACGAGAAUAUGAUAAAUUUAGAUUCUCCUAAGAUAAAGACACCAGAAUUAACUAACCCUAGAAAAAAAGUUUAUCGUAAAACACCGAUAAGUAUUUUUAAGACACAAGAAAAUAAACUAUGCGAUAUAUCUCCUGAAUCAUCUCUCCUGAACCCUAGAAAAAAAGUUUAUCGUAAGACACCGAUAAGUAUUUUUAAAACCCAAAAAAAUAAGCCACGUGAUGUAUCUCCUGAACCAUCUUGUUCUACCGACUCAUCAUUUGAGUAUUUAGAAGCUCAUUGCAAAAGAUUAUAUCCUAAUGAAAAAAAAGAUUUAUUAUCUGCACCUCCAGUAAAAGAUAAUAAUUCAUUAAAUAUGGAUCGUGUUGUUUCAAUUUGUGAAAAACAGAUGGCUUCAUUGGACAGUACAAACGAUUUAAAGAUUAAAAUGAAAAAAAGAAGUUCAAUUCUAAAGUCGGAACCAAAAACUGAGGAUUCAGACAGUUCUUACUUAUAUUCAAUACCAGGAAAUUCUUCUUGCAAUGACAAAAAUAGAAAUGAGAAAGUAAAAGUAACUAAUAAACGCAAAAAUGAUUUGGAUUCUGAAUACUUGAAUAACACUGAUGAUUUUAGUAAAACACUUUUGUCAGAAAUAGUCAAAAAAAGACGUAGAUGUUUCGACACGGCAAAGAAAAUGAUGGAAAUUAAUUCAGCAUGUAAUAUAAUCGAAGAACAAAAGAAAACAAAAUCAAACAGUAAAUCGAUAUUAGAUGUUAAUUCUAACAAACCAUCUGAUAAUAGUUCUCAGUUUAUGAAAAUGUUAAUGUCCUGCGAAGAUUAUCACAAUUAUUUGGACAAUAAGUUAACAGUAUUAGAUGCAUCUUCUAUAAACUCUACGUUUAAUUCAACUCUAACUAUACCCGAUGAAAAGAAAAAUACUAAUAUUAACGUAAUUCCAAGUAAGAAGAAUGUUUCUCCAUUAUCCAGUCCUAUAUCAUACAAUGAAAAUUAUGAAAAAGUUUUAGCAAGAUGGAAUAUUUGUGAAAACAAUAAAAAGAAACUCAAAACAAUGGAGAACAAUAUUAAUAAUGAAUCUAAGUUUUUUACGACACCUGGUAAAUUGUUUACGAAAGGAAGACAAAAGCGAAAAAUAUAUUUUUCAGAUUUAAGUACUUUGAAAAAACAAUCAUCGUCACCGAAAACUAUGACAAAUCAUAAUUCUAAUUAUAAUACUAAUUGUAAGUUAUUGCCAGGGUUUAAGUACAAAGUUGAAUCUAGGAAGUCUAGAAGGAUGUCUUUAAGAAAAUUAUCUAAACUUAAUGCCACACCUAAUAAAAAUAAAGAAAAUGAAAAGGGAAUUAAUAUACAAUAA